ACACGCCCUUCCCAACUUCGAAAGAAGCUAGCUGUGUGCCCAGACUAUAUGUACAUGUACUACCAAAAUGACAUCCUACUCUAGCUCUAUCGUUGCAAGGUCUUUUCAACUGUUUCAAGAUGUUGCAGUUCUGCAAUAUGAUGAGCUGAUUCAAAAACUGAGGGAAAAUCCUGAGCAGAAUUGGAACAAAGUUUUUAUGGUAAACACUCUCCUACGGUUAAAGUCUUUAAAAGUGGAGGGGACUAUUAUCACUGACGGUUGGCCUCAUUUUAGUGCUAUCUUAUCUCGUCAAGGCUCGGAAAUUAAAACUCUCCAAAACUGUGUGCUUGAGAAAAAAGAAGGACUUGUUCCAGUAAUCAUUCAACAGAUAGAUGUAGCAUCUGAAAAGAAGUGCCAUUCAGUAUUAGUAGUUGAUGCAUGGCUCGGAAAAUGUCUACAGACAGCACUACGAUCUAAUGACAUGGCAAGAUAUCCUACCAUUGAACAAAUGGCUAUUGUAAUCGGCUUCUAUGUCCCAGAAAGUUGUUCUUUCACCAUCGAACCAAUGACCUGCCCAGAAGGAUAUGUUUUAGGAAGCCUGGAAGAGUGUCAUAUAGAAGAGGUUUCAGUGGAAUGGCAUCGCAUGGAUCGUGACAAAAAGAUAUCCUUAUUCACUGAGGCAAUCAAGCAACAUCACAGUGUUGGUAUCUUCCCAACAUGCUCUGGGAAGAUAGACAAGUCUCCGGUUGGAUGGUGCUUGCAAUAUCCAUCAGGAUUCUUUGGUCACUUGUUUGUUCAUGAGGAGCAUCGAAGAAAGGGACUUGCAAAAAUUUUGGUACAACGCUUGUGCUGCUUAAUUAAAGGAGACGGAGAGAUUCCUUUAACAUUUGUUGCAAAAGACAAUGUAAAAUCAUUGUCUCUUUUUCAAAGUCUUACUUUCGUUCAGUCAGAUUUCCCAGCUGCAAUUCUUCAUUUAUAGAAUGUUUUGUUGGUCAGUAAUUUUGGUAUCCAGUGUCUUAUAAUAAUAUAGGUGCAUUGACUACUAUAUAGUCUAUAGCACCUAUUAUUAUACUGCCUUAUAAUAAUAGGUGCAUUUACUACUAUACUGCAUGCCUUAUAUUAAAUAGUAGGUGCAUUAAUUGGUGGUGUGGGUUGUUGUGGGGGAUGCUAGAAUGUUUUGU